GCUUUGCUUUUAUCCAUGUCUGUGUGUGUGUGUGUGUCCCUCUCUCUCUCUCUUCCCCGUACGCCAUUAAUGGCCUUUCUCUCGACCUCAACAUCUUCAGGUUUGAUGACGAUGGCGAAAUGAGCACUCGCCCAUUGACCGAUCCUUUUCCCCCCCGAAGCUGAGCUACCUCCAAUGCGCUGUUGACAAUCCCGAUCGAGCCCGCGAACAGCUCCUCCUCCCGUCCUGUUGCUGUUGUUGUUGUCCUCCUUCUUGCUCCUCCUAGGUUUUCUGGCUCCGCCAUUCCAGCUCCUUUCCGUCUUCUAGGGUUUCGCAGCUGAAUUCGGAGCUGUCAUGCGUCCGGUGGUGCGGGAUUGAGGUGGACGCGUCCCUCAUUGGUGCAAAUUGUAGUGCUCGUGCGAGGUCCCUUUUGAGCUUGCAUUCGGUUGUUGAGGUGCCGUGCGGUGCGAUCGACGGCCUGCCGUGAGAUCUUGUCGGCGAAGACUGGUUUCCUCACUGUGGUAGCUCGAAUCGGGAAUGAUCGACUACUGAUGUGACGCUCCUCUGACGUCUCGUGGCGUAUAAGACGAAGAAUUGCGGCGACAAUGCAUUUCGCUAAGCUCGAUGACUCUCCUAUGUUCCGCAAGCAGAUACAAUGCUUGGAAGAAAGUGCUGAAUCACUGCGGGAGCGGAGUUUGAAGUUUUACAAAGGCUGUAGAAAAUACACGGAAGGGCUUGGUGAGGGAUACGAUGGGGAUAUUGCAUUUGCAAGUGCUCUGGAAACUUUCGGUGGAGGGCAUAAUGAUCCCAUUAGUGUGGCCUUUGGAGGCCCAGUUAUGACCAAAUUUACUAUUGCACUGAGGGAGAUUGGGACGUACAAAGAAGUAUUGCGGUCACAGGUUGAGCAUAUGUUAAAUGACAGGUUACUGCAGUUUGUGAACAUGGAUUUGCAUGAUGUCAAGGAAGCACGGAAACGCUUUGACAAGGCUAGCCUCCUCUAUGAUCAGGCUCGUGAGAAGUUUCUUUCGUUAAGAAAAGGAACAAAAACUGAUGUGGCAGUUGUCUUAGAGGAGGAACUUCACAAUGCAAGGUCUGCAUUUGAACAAGCUCGUUUCAAUCUGGUAACUGCUCUAUCUAAUGUUGAAGCUAAAAAAAGGUUUGAAUUCUUGGAAGCUGUUAGUGGAACAAUGGAUGCACAUCUCCGUUACUUCAAACAGGGCUAUGAACUGUUGCAUCAGAUGGAGCCCUAUAUUAAUCAGGUUUUAACCUAUGCUCAGCAGUCUCGAGAAAGGUCCAACUAUGAGCAGGCAGCUCUUAAUGAAAGGAUGCAGGAGUACAAAAGGCAGAUUGAUCGUGAGAGUAGGUGGUCAUCUAAUGGUCCAAAUGGAUCUCCAAACGGAGAGGGUAUGCAUGCAAUUGGUAGAAGUUCUCACAAAAUGAUAGAGGCUGUCAUGCAAUCUGCAGCAAAGGGAAAGGUUCAGACAAUCCGCCAAGGUUAUCUUUCAAAGCGGUCGUCAAAUUUGAGAGGUGACUGGAAAAGGAGGUUCUUUGUGCUGGAUAGCCGAGGAAUGCUAUACUACUAUCGUAAACAGUGUAUAAAACCAUCUGGUUCUUCUACUCAACUUUCUAAUGUGCGCCACAGUUCAGAGCUUGGAUCUGGGUUGCUAAGUCGCUGGCUUUCUUCUCAUUAUCACGGAGGAUUACAUGAUGAGAAAUCAGUUGCUCACCACACAGUGAACCUGCUUACAUCAACAAUAAAAGUCGAUGCUGACCAAUCAGACCUGCGGUUUUGCUUUAGGAUCAUUUCACCAACAAAAAGUUAUACCCUGCAGGCAGAGAGCGCAUUAGAUCAGAUGGAUUGGAUUGAAAAAAUAACCGGGGUUAUUGCUUCAUUACUAAGCUCUCAGACACCUGAGCGGAGUCUUACUGCUGGCCAUUUGGGAAGUGGUCAUCAUCAUUCUGCCAGUGAGAGUAGUUCUUUCGAAAGUUCCGACUUCGAUCAUACUGCUGCUGAAGAAUUUGCAUCCGAGAGAAACAUUGGCACGACACAUCAUGAACGCUUUUCAAGAAAUUCACAACAGCAAUGGUCUUCGCUCAAACAUGAGAAGCCAAUCGAUGUGUUGCGAAGAGUAUGUGGGAAUGAUAGGUGUGCAGAUUGUGGAGCUCCUGAACCGGAUUGGGCAUCCCUGAAUCUCGGAGUUCUUGUUUGCAUUGAAUGUUCUGGUGUUCAUCGUAACCUUGGUGUGCACAUCUCAAAGGUGAGGUCGCUCACCCUGGACGUCAAAGUGUGGGAGCCUUCUGUGAUAAGUUUGUUUCAGGCUCUGGGUAAUGCCUUUGCUAACUCCGUAUGGGAGGAAUCAUUGCAGUCUAGAAGUGCUUUUCAGGUCCCAUCAGGGUUAUAUGAGUCCAACAAGCCACAAUUACAUUUUAUUACCAAACCGAAUCCUUCAGAUGCAAUCUCGGUGAAGGAGAAGUUCAUCCACGCAAAGUAUGCGGAAAAGCUAUUUGUCCGCAAGCCAAAAGACAGUCAGCAUCAAUCAGUUGCACAGCAGCUCUGGGAUGCUGUCCGUUCUAAUGACAAGAAAGCAGUGUACCGUCUCAUCGUCAACUCCGAAGCACCUGUCAAUGCUGUCUUCGAGCAAGCGUCAAGCAGCUCUUCGUUGACCCUUGCCAAAGUAAUGCUACUGCAAGAGCCAACGGGGCAUGGCCUCACCUAUAGUCCAGGUACAGAGAGGUCCUCCACAAGCCCUCUCAACUUUGGCAGUGCUGGUGAAGGUCUUUCCCUGGAUGAUCUAGAUGGGUGCACACUUCUUCACCUUGCAUGUGAAACUGCGGACAUUGGGAUGCUCGAGCUCCUCCUGCAGUACGGGGCGAAUGUGAAUGCUGUCGAUUCAAGAGGCAAUAUGCCGCUGCACCGCUGCACCAUCAAGGGCAAGGCUAUGAAUGCCAAGUUGCUUCUUUCGAGGGGAGCUGAUGCUCAAGCGCUUAAUGGAGAAGGCAAAACUGCCCUCGAUAUUGCAGCAGAUUCGAACUUCACAGACAGCGAAGUUCUUGCCCUUCUAUCCGAUUCAAAUGGAUGACAUAUUUUCCAAGAUAAUUUAAUGAAAGCUCAAGCACAUGAGAUCUCCAUAGUCUAAAAAAAAGGUACUUUCUCCUUUUCUUUUAUCGGGUUUAAAUGAUGAUUGUAUUCCAUUGGAUUGCAAAAGGAUUACCAAGUUAGCCGGGGACUUGUGGAAGGCAAUAUGAGAUUUUGGAGAGGAUGAGUGGUAGGUAGGUGUGCCUGCCCCACAGGCUUUGCUAUUUGUGCAAAUUAUAGUCCCAAGGAGUUUGUAAUCUAAAACGAAUCGCCCCCCCUUCCCAUUUCAUCAAGUCGGAGUACCAGAGGAACCAAAGCUCCAGACCGCUGGGGGUGGCCUUCAGUUAUAUGGUUGUUGCUCGUUUUAUAUUGGCGGUUUGCUUCCUUUGCCCCGAGGUAGUAGCUGUGAAAAAGUUGUAAUUUAGGUCAUCAUCUGUUUGUAUGUAGAUUAGUUCCUUGCUUAGGUGAUUUUGGAAUGGGAAGCUUUUGUUAUGUUGAUGGAACUCCUCCUUUAUAUAUGAUAAUUUACAUGUAUGAUUUUGGAGGGCAAAGGGGGGUUUGUCUAUGAAUGACUCAUUACCGGAGCAUUUCCGGCAGAAAUUUCCAU